AAGGUUCGUGUAAAGCAGCUCAUUAUGAGAAUCAACUGAGAGAGCGACUGGUGCCUAAGACCAUGGAAGGAGCAAGGCGUCCUCCUAAAUUUACAACAUCAGGUUCAGUCCACUCAGCUGAACGGAAACCCAAUGGUUUACCAUUGCAGGAGCAAGGCGAACAGAGGAUUUUGAACAGAAGACAGGGCCAAAUGAACGACGUGGCAAUGACCUCCAGUCAGUCAGAAACAUUUUUAUUCAGCAUUAUGAUUUAUUUUUAUCUUUGGAUUUGUUACAUGUUAAAUUACAAACCACCCCAGAGGGUUGUUCAUCCACCUGCUUCAGUUGUUCUAUUACAAGCCUUGGGGCUUGAAAGUUACAUGAAAAAUAAACUUCAGCUUCACUCCAUCCUUGAUAUUGGUUUGGUCUGCUUACAAGACAAACCCGCACAAUCCUUAAAAGAUCUGCCAUGGCGCUUUCUGAGAAGACUCAUGAUGGCCAGUGCAACAGCCAGAGAUACUAGAUAUAUGCAAAAUCACACUGAAUUCAAUCAUGAAACUUUAAGGGACACUAAUUUCCCAAGGUGCCAAGUCAACUGCGAAAUUCAUCCUCUGGAUCUCAUCAUAACAGUACUACAUUGCUCGGACGGGUUGCUACAACAGGAGAUUUUUUAUAAAAUGGCACAAUGUCAGUUUUCUGUCCCUCUUUUGCUGCCAAACAAUGAUACUAACCAGUGUAUGUUGAUGCUAUGGGCUAUGAGAGAUAUAGUGAAAAAGUGGAGACCCCAUUCGUUGGCAUUGACGAGAGGGUUUUGUGAAGAAGGUAUUGUUCUUGCCAAUAUGCCAUUAAUGUCAUUUGUUCGACUGGGUAAAUGUGGACUUUCCAAGUCUCAAAUUCUAAAUAAGGUUCUCAGUAAUUCCCAGCAGCACCAUGAUUUCUUUGUUCACUCUGAAAUGGACGGUGGGAAUGUUCUUCGCACAGUUUCAGAUGGACUUGUGGAGAUCAUGUGGUACCUGCCCUGCGGAAAGAAAAACAUCGAUAUCUUUACAGAACCUGUGGCCAUUGCCAAUUUGCGUGGAGACAGCAGUUCAUUUCAUUCCCAGGUUUCAUUUUUAGGUGAAGUAUCUUCAGGUGUUUUCAUAUUUUUUGACAGCACACUGCCUAAAAACUAUAAGGUUUUAUCCCAGUUGAAACACAUAAAGGCAAAAGUAGUUCUGAUUGCUGUUUCUUAUGAAAACACUGAGAAAGACACAAUGGUGCAUCUAACAAAAUUGGCUUGGAGAGACCCAGUCAUUUUUAAAAGCAAACAGAUGAAUGAUGCUCAGUUUGUGAUGAGCUUGCAGCAAGCAAUUAAGUCUGUGCUACAAAAUACUUCUAAAGUGAGAAUAAGUGACAUGCCUAAGACAGCAGCCAAAUAUGGCAUAGCAUUAGAUGAGGAAAGAACUGCCUGUCAGAAUGGAAAGAAACUGGCAGAAGAAAUCACUUGCCAAAUCAGAGAUAUUCCCCAAUACAAGAAAUCGGAACUUCCGCGGCAGGGGGAUAUUCUGAAAAAACUGGCAAAAUUAGAGAAAGAGGAAUGUCGAUUGUUAAAAGCAGGAGACCAGCCAAUUGAGCACUAUAGGAGUAAACUGAGUGCAGACAAGAACAAAUUAAGAGAAGAGCAAAACAGAAAUCAAAUUGCUACUUCCAUGUGUUGGUUUAUUACUGCUUUGUCAAGUUUGGAUAAAGAGGGGCGAUUUUAUUUUUUAAAAUGGAUGAGGUUAAAUUUGGAUGCUAGGGCAAGAAAAGAUCUCUCAGGUUUUCAAAACCAAUAUAAAGCAAAGUGCUCCAAUUUAAAAGAAAACAUAAAGGAUAUUGCAAAGUUGGAUGAAGACAUUUCUAAUUGUUCCUUAGGAAUUGAACAUUUUAUACGUGAGAUGGGUCAGAUUUAUGAAGCUACUUGUUCCCGUCCUGAGAUGGAAAAGUUUUGUGAACAGUUCAGCUACCUUCCCAGUCUGGGUGCCACUUUGUUGCUGGAUGGUUUUCCUCUGGAGCUAGUAGAUGGUGAUGCCUCACAUAUCCCUGUAAGAUGGAUAACUGAUGUCCUGAUGACUCUCCACAACAAAGUUAACCAAAACAGUCGAGUUCUGGUGGUGACAAUUUUAGGGGUACAAAGCACAGGCAAAUCUACACUCCUUAAUACGAUGUUUGGAGUCCAGUUUGCUGUCAGCAGUGGUCGAUGCACACGUGGGGCAUUCAUGCAGUUAAUCAAAAUUAAAGAAGACCUCAAGAAAGACCUGAAUUGUGAUUUUAUACUACUGUUAGACACUGAGGGCUUGAAGUCUCCCGAACUUGCCCAGCUAGAGGACAGCUAUGAACAUGACAAUGAAUUGGCCACACUGGUUGUUGGAUUAAGUGAUGUAACUGUAGUCAACAUUGCAAUGGAGAACUCCACGGAGAUGAAGGACAUUCUGCAGACUGUUGUUCAUGCUUUUCUCAGAAUGGAAGAUGUUGGCAAAAAACCAAAAUGCCAGUUUGUGCAUCAGAAUGUAGGAGAUGUAUCAGCUCAUGAAAAAAACAUGCGGGACAGGAGAAGUUUGCUUGAACAGUUGAAUGAGAUGAUAAAAGUGGCAGCAAGAAUGGAGAAAAAGCAACAGCAGGUGAGAUUCACUGAUGUUAUUGAAUAUGAUGCAGAGGAGAACAACUGGUAUGUCCCAGGAUUGUGGCACGGAACGCCUCCUAUGGCACCCGUGUCAACCGGGUACAGCGAGACUGUGUUUGAGUUUAAAAAGAGCUUGAUUGAGGUAUUUAAGGGAUGCAACCAUAAAAAACCUCUGGGGAACAUUAAAGAGUUCACCAAAUGGAUGGAGAGUCUAUGGAGAGCAGUAAAACACGAGAAUUUCAUCUUUAGCUUUAGAAACUGUUUAGUUGCUGAUGCUUAUAAUAACUUGUGUGUUGAGUUUAACCAGUGGGAAUGGUUAUUCAGGAAGCACAUGCUCAUGUGGACACAGCAAGCAGAGAACAGAAUUCAAAAUUUGGACAAUGAUGAUCCCCACAUUGGGGAUCUUGAUGAUUUUCUGAACAUCCUUAAAGUGGAGGCCACUAAGGAACUGAGAAGCCAAGAGGAAAUAUUUCGUAAGCAUCUGGAUGAUUAUUAUAAGAGUAAAGACAAGCAUAUUCAGCUAGUGGAGAAGUACAGGCAAACCUUUAUCUGCAGCAUUAACAGUCUUAAGUCUGAAAUUGAAAGUGAUGUAAACAAGAAAUGUGAAAUGGCAGUGAAAAUCCAGAAAGGGAUGAAAAAAUUGGUUGACAUACACAAGGAACAUGCACAGACAAUUGAAAGGAAAGUUCUGGAGCUGCUGAAAAAAUGCAGAGAAAACAAUAUGGAACUAUCCGAUGAGACUCUAAAGGAGGAAUUUGAACGCAUGUGGGGCAAAACUGUAUUGGAGCUGGAUUUCAAAGGUUUAAAGAGGCAAGAUAUUUUCACCAAUGUUUUCAGUCAGCUAAGAGUUAACUUAGAAAGACAUGGAAGUGCCGUCACAGAGAGACUGAAUAUGGCAAACAAUACAGAAUCAGAUGGAACAUUUAAUGUAAAAGAUUUACACAUGGAGGGUUGGCAUUUGGGGAGAAAAUUUUUGAACUUCUUUACUCAAAAUAAGGAGAAAACUCAGAAACUGGCAGAUCGAGUAAUUUCAGAUUGUCUUCAGUUUAUCACUGAGAAACAUCUGAGUAAUUCUGACUACCAUGACACGUACACCAAAGAACUGCUGCGUAUAAUCGAUGAAAGAGUGAAAGACAGCGGAACCAGUAAUAUAUUUGAAGUGGACAUAAAGGUUCACAUUUGCAAGACUGCUGCCAAAAGUUUUCAAAAAAUUCAUGAUGAUUUCAUUGCAGAAAAUGACCCCAAGAAACAUCUUGAGAAACUCAAACCAAGCUACUUUUUAGAUUUCAUUGAUCUUUACCGGGAAAAAAAUCAGUGUCAUAGGAAAGCCACAGACUUUAUGGAGAUGUGUCUGGAACCUGCAAUUAGAGAUUAUAUAAAGAAGAAUCUUGGUGUAAAAAUUGUCGAUGAAAUUCUGUCAAGUGGCUCUUCUGUGAAGUUCAGCUCUCGUACGCAUUUCCAAUACACACUUUUAGAAGAGCUUCUAAAUAAAAAAGAAUUUGAAGGAUAUGUUAGGUAUAUCAACCAAUAUGAAGAUUUUGUCAAAGAAUGGAUUUUAGAUCUAAUUCAAAAACAUUUCUCAUGUCAGAAAAGUUUUGGGGAUUUGGAGAUAUUAAGUCUCAAUGAAAUAAUGAUUAAAAUACAAGAUGCAUUCCUCAAAGCGAAGAACAAAACUCUCGAAACAAUCUUACCUAACAGCAGUACAGGCAUAGCAGACUUCAUUGAAGAGAUUUGUGGACACCUGAAGACAGACCUUGUAAUACCCAUUGAUAACAUAAGGGCUACCCUCACUCUUAAUGAUGCAAAGGUAGAAGAAUUUAUUGAACGUGUAGAAUUGUCCUUACCUGAAUUAAGAGAACAUUUACAAAGAGAAUAUAUGGAACUGAAUCAAUAUGACCAAUCUACAAAUAUCAAGAAGAAAAUUAAAAAUCUUUUAUUUAAACCACAGGAUGAGCUGUUCAGGAGAGUGUUUGGCUGUGGAAAGCAAUGUCCAUUUUGCAAAGUGCCUUGUGAAGCAGGAGGUGGUGAUCACACAGAGCAUCAUGCAACAGUACACCGACCCCAAGGGUUAGGAAGGUACAGGUUUGAGACAAAUGAAAAGCUUGCGGAAAAUAUAUGCACAACUGAUGUAGCUAGUGAAACAGUUAGGUUUCGGAAUAUUGAUACAAAGGGGCAGUAUCAUCCUUACAAAGACUACCGUACGUAUUACCCAAACUGGAACAUCCCACAAGACACAAGCAUCGAGGCAUCUAAAUACUGGAAGUAUGUGAUGCAUUUGUACAAUGACGAGUUUGCAAAGGAGUAUCAUGCUAAACCAGCUAAUAUACCUGACCAAUGGAAAACAGUAACACAUUCUCAGGCUCUGGAGAGUUUAAAGGAUUCGUUCAACUUUAAUAAAAGCAGCAAUAUCACCGAAUUGCAUUAAAAUGCUAUGGAGCAUUUGCACUAACCAGCAUCAUUCAUUUGCUUGUAUGGCUUCUCUUAACUAAAUGAUUGAGUGUUUGCAAUCAUUCAGAGUAAACCAUAUCAAAAUGCACUCUACUGAACAAUUUUCAUUUAGUAGUUUUUUAGUAGUUUCAUAGUAGUUUUUUAUUUCUUUUAACAUCAUAUUUCACUCAUAGAUAUUUUAGUGGGCUAAGGUACAAGGACAACUCAUAUCAAAUGAUUAUUUAAACUUUGAUAAACCUACACCUCAUUUUUGUAAAUUCUACAUUCCUACCUCAACCUCAAAUUAAUCAAAAUUCCAUUAAAAUGCUGAACAAAACACAGAAUGACCAUGUGACUGACUUCGACUGCCAUAGAAAAAUCUUACAUCACAGAUAAGCAUCAAUUUUGUACAGUUGCUCAGCCACUAAUCCAGUUCUGUAUAAGCUUUUAAACCAUUGUUUAUUACUCUUAAGAAAUGCAUUUUAGAUCAUAUUGUGCUGUAAUGUUAACUCCUCUGCAACUAAUUGUAAUAAUUUAGCAAAUAAUAUUACAAAACAAAAAAUAAUCUAACAGACCAGCUUAUGUAAAAAAGAUUUAAUGGGGAACCAAAGCAUUUCCUGAAAGUAUUAGAAGAAAGAGUGGAAAAAACCCUAGAAAACAUCAGUUACGGGACACAUUUUACAUGCAUGCACAUACACACUGACACACACCUAGCAGGUCAGUUUGUAGUUCCCAAUUAAUCUUUCACACACAAUUUUCUGAUGGGGAAAACUGAGGCACAAGGAUACAAUGAGAGUGAACAAAGUCCACACAGACAAUGACCAGGCUGGGAUCUGCACUCUGUAACCUAGAACUGUGAAUAAGCAACACUAAACAAUGGACUACAAUGCUGCCUAUGACUCCUGGAAUUACAAAUAAUGUGUAGUUUAUGUGCAAUAUAAAGCUUUUUGGAUUAAACAUUGUUUUCUGUAGUAUAUUGUACUGUUAGCACUAGCGAUUAUAAACCUUAUUUUAGUGAAAUGGAAUGAUGGUUCUUUCAAAAUGAAAUAUGUGCUUGUGUUUAUUGUUUGAUACUACCUAUACUUUAAGGGCAAAUCUUUGUCAUUUCUAAUCAUGUAAUAAUGUCUUUUUAAUGGGGAAGAAAUAUUAAAACAUUAUAUUAUGUUGUCUCGAUGCAUUCUCAAUAAUCCAGGUAAGGAAAUUCUAGAAAGUUGAUUCUGUUCAUCUGGACAUAGUUUUUUUCUGAUAUG